AUGAAAGUAGCUGUGAAUUUGCUUGGAAAUGUUUCUCGGCAUCAACAAUUUAUUACUUUGAGGUGAGAUAUUCUUUUUGGAAUAUUUUUUGAAUUUAUAGUUUUUCAGAGCAGCCAGCACAAGUUUGCAAGGAAAUGGACCACUGAAAACCAAUUGGAAAACCGAUACUGUGUAUCUUUAUCAAUUUCCUCGACCGGCCAACAAAAUUCCGAAUUUGUCACCAUUUUGUUUGAAAAUCGAGACUUUUCUUCGCGCCAAUCAAAUCAAACAUGAAGUUAUUGGAACUUGGUUGACUUUGAGACAAUCGCCAAAAGGAUUGUUGCCAUUUAUUGAAUUGAAUGGACAACAAAUUAGUGAUUCUCAAAUUAUUAUUUGGAAAUUGCAAAAACAUUUUGAUUUGAAGGUCAGUUUUUAUGGAUUGCUUGUUUGAUUGAAAUAUUGUCAGUACGAACUUUUUGACCUUUGCAAACGGAUUGAUAAAACCUAGAAAACCCAAUAUUAUUAUGUGUUCCAAAUUUUUAAAGUUGCUUUAAAUUCUAAAAGUUCCAUCAACUUUCAUCUAUUUGCCAAAACAAUAGUUUCUUCAAAAAAUAGUCUUCAGGAUGAAUUAGAAGAUCGAGAACGUGGAAUUGCUCGAGCAAUCGAAAGAAUGGUUGAUGUUUCUACAAAUUAGUGAGUUUUUUCAUUUUAAAAAUUCUCAUAAAAUCUCCUAAAACUUCAGUGCUCUUCUCGUUGAUAAAUCAGUCAACAAUGCGCAUCUUCUUCUAAGUCGCCAAGUGAGCAAUGCUCCAAUUCCUGCUUUUUUGACAAAUUAUCUCGCCAAAGGAUUCAGUCAAACUGUAGGUUCCAAAUUUAUGGUCUUUGAUUGAAGUGUUUAUUUUUUCAGAUUUCCAAGCGUGUAAACGCAGUUUUGGGAAAAUUAGACAAAGAAGAACUGAAAGAAUUAUUGAGACGAGAUAUUCAGGCAAUUGAUGAUGUUUUAGGAGACAAAAAAUUCUUGUUUGGUGAUCGAAUCACAUCGGUUUGUUUUUUCUUCUUUAAAUAUUUUCAAUUUGUUAUCAAAUUCAAUCAUUUUCCAGACAGAUUGCACUGUUUUUGGCCAAUUAGCAGCUGUUGCUUAUUUACCGUAUCGUCAAAAAAUCACUGAUCUUUUGGAAGAUGAUUAUCCAAGAGUUCAAAAAUAUUUGGAUCGUAUCCGAUCGCAUUAUUAUCCUGAAUGGAGAGACGAUUAA